UUGGCGCGUAUUGACGCGCGGGCUAUUGGGUGUCCAGGCCGCUCAGCUGUGAAUUUAAUUGAAGUGUACGAACAAGGAGGAAUGUUGAAGCACGUGUCUAUCUCGCCGUGGAGAGGGCGGGCGGACAGCGUGAGCCUCUCUUCUAGCGGCGGCGCGAGUAGCUGCGGAAGCGGAAGUCCUACCCCCGGUCACACACCGCCACCCUCGAGAGCAUCAUCGUGUGCAUCCCUAGCACCCUUAACCGCCCUUUCGAGCUUCUCCCCGGCUGAUACCGCGCCCCAACAGACCACCAUUAAAGUCUACGCCAACUGCCUGCGACCGGACAUCGAAUAUAAGACCCUAAGCAUCACCUAUGAGACGACUUGUCGCGAAGUCGUACAAAACCUUCUGAACAAGUAUCGCAUGAGACAUCGCGACCCCCGGUUGUUUUAUCUGACCAUGGAGGUGACCGUGAGGAGGGCCAAUGUGCGUACCAUCCUGCCCCUUGACGAGGACGCGAGGCCAGCCGUCCUGCAAUCCUGCCAUCCUCGUGGCGAUUCCAAGUUUUCGUUGCAGACACACCGUGGCGGACUUGUCAAAAUAUACGACAGCGCACUCAUGUCCGGGUCUAAGUACAAAAGCCUUCUGGUCUCGGAGCAGACCACCGUAGACGAGUUGAUCCAAAUGCUGCUAAGCUGCUAUAGCUCCAAGGAACCGGUGGAGCAAUUCUCUCUCUACGAGGUCUGUGAAGGUGAAGAGUACCAAAGGAAAUUACACCCCGACGAUUCUCCGCUCAAGGUCACGCAACGAUGGACCACCGCGGAUCGGCAUCUUCGCAUUAGACGUAAUCCAGAUUAUAAUCAACACAGGCGAAAGAGUAUGUGGGCGUCGGACUCAAGCAUCACCAUGGCGAUGUCGAGGCUGAAUCUCCACGAUAGUCUUCCUAUCCAUUACAAUUCGAGAAUUGAAAACAACAACCACUUGAGCCUACAUCAUCUCGCCAGAAAAACCAGCGUGACCGCAAAUAUUAACAACAACAAUAACGUUAUUCAUCGGGAUCAACAUCACUCAUCGUCGUUAGGUUCCAUCAGUCAAACGUCACGAAUAGUCGUAUCCCACGGAACGGAUCUUCCGCAAGUACAGCUGCCGCGAUUACAGCAAUUUCCGCAGAGCGUACCGUCGACGCCGCUCUCAACAAAACACGUGACUGCCUCUUCCUAUGCCGAUUACGAGAAUUAUCUUUUUAUAUAAAAAAUCGUUGAUAAGCGUAAACACGAUAGAAGUUGAAAGAAACUGCGUCGAAAACGGUCAGAGUUACCAGAAACUCGUUGAAGAUACGAGAAACAUAUACGCAUAUCGCAACUGUUCAAUAGCAUUUGUCUUCGUGUAACAUUUAGACGUCAAAUACUAUGAGCAUUAUGAGGCGCGAGCAAACGUGUACCUUUGAUUUUUAUUUAAAAAGGUAGUUUG